AUGAAGAAUGUUGUAGGAGCGGGUAUUGAAACUUCCCCGAAGUCUGAUUUACUGAAAUAUGAACUCGAACUGGUGGGAUCGGACCCGAGUGAUUUGGAGUUGUUAUUAUGCGCUAACUUCUAUUUAACCUUUGAACUUGUGUUUCCUACUGGUUUAUUAAAGCAUCUAAAGUGGGAUGUGCGGAAUGUUGAAAUAAAAGUCGGAAAUCGGUCAUACGCUGCACAAAUCCUUAUCCUGGAGAACUGCGUAUUUUUUUGGGUGGGUACACGUUGUGAAUUGGAUUCCUUUUAUUUUGCACGGAAUGACAGAGGACUGGCACUACUGGAAACUCUUGAUACCGCUCACGCACACUUAGACCGUUUCACAGGCAAAAUCAGUGAACUUUUCCCAGAAAAGCAGGUACUUUUCGGCACUGACUUAAAGGUGGACGAUUCUACCUUCUGGUUUGAACUGCUACAAAAACUGGUUGAAGAGGUGUCAAAUAAUCGCUCUUUAUACCAAUUAUCCGCAGAAAAUUAUUCUGAACUACCUUAA